CCAAAUUUCGUGAAAAAAUCAUUUCCCGCUUCUCUCUCAGGUAAAUCGCACUCUCCAUUUUCUUUUCCCAUCUUGCAUUUUCUCGGCAACCAAACGGUUCUGCUACUACUACUACAUUUCUCAAGAGAUCAUAUCGUUUUGGCCUUUCAUACAACUCCAGAUCGAACUUCGGUUUUCAAAUCAUCGAUUUCGAAUGAGAAAAAUUCGAUUUAAUUGAGCGAAGUUAUGUCAAAUUACGAUCUUAGCUGCUCAGAACUAGUGCCUGGUGUAAAUACCGCUGCAGAUUGUGAGAAAGCGUGGCAUAUCUUGGCGAUUUUGUUGAGCAUAGGCCGGCCGUCGAGUCUUGGAGAGCUUUCUUCGAAGUGCGAGUUGUUCGAUGCGUCGCCGGACUACGUCCGGUGCCUCUGUUCGAUCCCUAACUCGCCGAUUCUUUUUUUGGAUAAUGGACUCGUUACUGUCUCCAUGGCGGUGGUUUCGUCUAUGGUCGAGUUUGCGUCAAAAGCGAAGUCCGGUGGUGGAGGGGGUUCCAUUUCGCUGUUUGAAAUUGGUUUCAAUGAAUCGAACAGGCAUUUGAAUUUGGACGUGAAGACCUACUUUCGGAAGCGGAAGGGGAAGGAUUUUGAUCCGUUUGUGUUAUCGGCAGCUAAAAGGAGGCUAAUGUAUCAAGGUGAAAGAGAUCAACUUAAGCUAUCUUUUCCAACUAAAACUCAAGACUAUUCAGCUAAGGGAAUUUUGAAUAAAGACAAAGCCACAGUCCCUUUACUUCUUGGAUCCAAUAGUGAGAUCUCAAAAGUUCCCAUGAUGAAUGGUAACCAUGGCAAAGAUGAGGGUAGUGUUGGGACAAACAUUUUAGAGCACCAGGAGCGUUCUGGAUCUGUACAUACAUCAAAUUUCCAGUGCAGCUUGGUAAAAAAAGAAUCAAAUUUGAGUGUCCUGGAACCAAUUCAAGAGGAUCAAAUUAUGGCACGGAACUACUUCGAAACCUUACCUUUGCCUAAGAACUUUCGUGAUUCAUUAUCAACCAAGAAAGCAGAAAUUGGUGAAGCUGUUGGACUAAAGAAUGGAGUGUGUCGCAGUCUCACAUUUGGCGGAGAGGAAGAUAAGCAAAACAAUGCUUUGCCAUUAGAGGGUGGCUUUUGUGAUGCUCAUUCUUGCAGAAGUUUGAUACAUCACUCAGGAGAAGCUGCAGAAGACAUAGCAGAAACUAGUGGAAACAAAGGUGUCAUUAAUCAUCAUGAGGAAAAAGGAGAUACAGAAAAAUCUGCUCCUUUUAACGAGUUAAAAAAUCUGGCGAGCAUUUCAACAGUGGACAAAGAGAAAACACGUAGAUUGGAAACUCAGACCAGCGUUAGAGUAUCUGGGCAUUCUUCCAAUCAGAAGCAACCUGUGAAAUCAUAUAUUAAGUUGAAGCGCAUGAGCAAGAAUUUGCCUUCACAACAAGGAGUGCUUUUGGGGCCAUCAAAAUAUAAUAAACUUGCUAUUUCCCGUAAAAGUGAUCAGAAACGUCAUUCCGGGGAACAUAACUCAAAGAACAGUCAUAACGGAAAAGAAAAUACAGUAAAUCCAACGUCUAUUUCUCCAAAGAACAAUUUGGAGAAGAAAGAAUUUCCGCAAUUUGACAAUUUUUUCAUAGAGGAUGAAGAAGGUUCAGGUGGUUAUGGCAUUGUUUACAGAGCCCGAAGAAUAAGUGAUGGGAAAAUGUGUGCUAUUAAAUGUCCUCAUGGUAAAGCUCAAAAAUAUCAUGUCAUUAACGAACUUAAAAUGCUUGAGCGCUUUGGUGGCAAAAACUUCAUAAUAAAGUAUGAAGGAUCACUCACAAGUGGUGAUGCAGAGUGCUUUAUAUUGGAACAUGUUGAUCAUGACCGACCCGAGAUUCUGAAAAGAGAAAUAGAUCUAUUUCAGCUUCAGUGGUAUGGUUAUUGCAUGUUCAGGGCCCUUGCGUGCUUGCAUAAGCAGGGAGUGGUGCACAGAGAUAUUAAGCCUGGCAAUUUUCUUUUCUCUCGGAAGCUAAAUAAAGGUUUCCUCAUUGAUUUCAACCUUUCCAUGGAUUUACAGCAGAGGUAUGCUGUUGGAAGUAAACCAAAACCAAGCAGUUAUGCAUCUUUUGUUCAUGGUCCUCUCUCUCCCCCGGUACCUGCUUUGCCAACCAAAGAUAAUAAGGCUGUGAGAGUUGAUCGUUUAGCUGUUAAUCAAGGAGGCACAAUAGAUUUAAAGCCAAGUCAUGAACAUAAGAAGGGCAUGAAGAGGAGGGCUCUUGGGGAUUUGAGUAAUUUUAAUAAACUUAAAAGCCAAGGUGCAGAUGGCUCAGGUAUAACCUCCGCAAAGGAUGCAGCAAGUGCUAGGACUCCUUCCACAGAAAGGAUGAGGGAGCCUCUGCCAUCCUUGGGAAGAAAGGAGUUAAUUAGCCUUGUGCAGAAUGUGAUGACAAGUCCAAAUAAUAAUGAUGAUUUAAAGACCUCUGUUUCUCAAAGGAAAAGAAUUGCUGCUCCUUCAUGCAAGAUUGAAAGGAAAAAUUUCUAUACGAGUCCAAUGCCUUUGUAUUCUAAUGGUGUAGCUGUUGCUGAUGCCGGAUUACUCAAAGGCAAAGGGGAAGGGAAGCGAAAAAAGGAAGGUUCGUGUGUUGGAACAAAGGGAUUUCGUGCUCCAGAGGUCUUGUUAAGAUCUCUGCAUCAAGGUCAAAAGAUUGAUAUCUGGUCAGCUGGAGUAACCCUACUUUACCUAAUGAUGGGAAAAACUCCUUUUACCGGAGACCCUGAACAGAACAUGAAAGACAUUGCAAAGUUAAAAGGCAGUGAAAAUUUGUGGGAAGUUGCUAAGCUUCAUGACCGUGAAUCCUCAUUUCCAUCGGAGUUAUUGGAGGUCCAAUGCUUGGGCUCUAUGGAACUCCGGAGUUGGUGCAGGGCCUACACGAGGAGACCUGAUUUUUUCAAAAGUAUACCAACAUCACUAUUCGAUCUUGUGGAUAAAUGCCUGACUGUAAAUCCAAGGCUGAGAAUCACUGCAGAAGAAGCUCUUAGGCAUGAGUUCUUCGCCUCGUGCCAUGAGAGCUUGAGAAAGGUGAGGAUGCAGAGUAGUCUGUCUGUGUGUCCCAGCUCUGAAUAUCUAAGUUACAAAGAAAAAAGUUAAACUUUUUAUUUUUUGAAGAUUUCAGUAGCUAUUAAUGUUGUAACCCUGCAAAUAGAUAGGUUGCCUUUGCCCUCAUUCAAAAUUCUGUUGUAUAUUUUGUUGAAUAGAAUUCAAAGCCAAAAUAGUGUAGAUUUGUUGCAAAAUUU